AUGCUAGAACAGUUGACCCCAAGUAAAGCCGAAAAAUCUGGUCUUAAAACACUAGAUUCCUUUGCAAACCCCUCUGAGUCUGACCCUGAGUCAAUAGAUUCCGAAAUUAGUAACAUUUCGAAAAUUGAAAAUGCUUUCAAAAACUUAGAAGUCCAAGUUGAACCCAGAGUCAAAAAAUUAGAAAAACAUAUAAGCCCUACCAGUUUAACUAGAAAUUGGUACCCAAGGCCAACACCCCCAGACAUUCAAUUUGAAGAAAGAAACCUCCAAACCCAGUUCUCGGUUUCCUCUGAUAAAAUGUAUGAAUGGAACAUUGAUGGUCUUUCUGAGCAAGAAAUCUUUAAUAAGCUACAACACAUGUCCAUGGUUGCUAAUAGUUAUAUCACCAAUCACAGUUUCAGACAGUCUGAAAUUGUACCCCUGUUAGUCACUGGAUUUACUGGUACUCUCAGGUAUUGGUGGGAUAAGCACUUAACCCCUGAGUCAAAAAGUUUGAUCAUUCAUGCUGUAAAACUUAAUGAAGACGGCCUCCCUAUAUUUGAUGAGCAAAUAGGUCAAGGUAUAGAAGACGGAGUCAACACUUUGCUUUACACAAUUAUUGAGCAUUUCAUUGGAACCCCUAGUCAUACCACCGCUAGGAUACAUGAUCAGUUGAGCAAUCUUAGAUGCCCUAAGUUAUCUGAUUUCAGAUGGUAUAAAGAUGUCUUCAUUUCUAGAGUCAUGCUUAGAGAUGAUAGUAAUCAACCAUUCUGGAAAGAAAAAUUUGUUAAUGGUCUUCCAAAUCUGUUUGCCCAUAAGAUACGCACAACCUUAAGUAAUGAGCAAGGUCAUAUAGAUUGGGAUAGUUUGACUUAUGGAAAUAUUGUAAGUACAAUUAACCAAGUUGGAAUGAAAAUGUGUAUUGAUUUCAAAAUAGGUAAACAAAUACAAUCCGAUAGGAAGUCAGCCAAGUAUGAGUUAGGCAAUUUCUGCGAACAGUAUGGUCUUGCCAGCAUUCCUCCAUCCAGGAAAAAUAAGCCUAGUUAUCUUCGAAAAGAUCGUCAUUACUCCCACGAAGAUAAGGAAAAGUUAAUAAAAGUUUUAGAGUUGCGAGACUCUGAAACAAGCAGUGUUGAAACCUUAGUUGCCAGUUCUGAGUCUGAAUCUGACCAGUCUUCAGAUUCACAGUCAAGUUCACCUAACAUUCAAAUUGGUUGCACAGACAAAUGUUGCAAUAGGUUAAAAUCCAUCUCUGUUCUUACUAAACAGGAAGAACAAGAAGAAUUGCUAAUAGACUUAAUAAGAGCCGAUCUUAACUGUAUCCAGGAAGGUCUAAUCCCUACUAAAUUUUACCAGAAGUCUAGAGAAUCCUUAAGUACUGCUUCAGGAAGAUCUCUCCAGUUGAACUUUGAAAUACCAAAAGCCCAUGUAGAUUAUGAUGGUGUCAUUUCUACCUAUUUAGGAGAAAAGGUUAAAUUCGAGUUUUUAUCUAAGCCAGAGUUGCAUAACCUAAGAGCCCUGCAAAAACAGAAACAACAUGUUGUCUAUCUUCCUUAUAUCAAAACCUUUAGUGAGAAAAACAUUCCUACUAAAGCCAGGCCAAUUCAGAUGAGUCAAGAAAUUAUGGAGUUUUGUAAGCAAGAAAUUCAUGAGUUACUUGAGAAGAAAAUAAUUCGCAAGAGUAAGUCCCCUUGGUCGUGUCUUGCUUUUUAUGUCCAGAAAAAUGCUGAACUAGAAAGGGGAGUCCCAAGAUUAGUUAUCAAUUACAAGCCCCUUAAUUCGGUCUUAGAAUGGAUUAGGUACCCCAUACCUAAUAAGAGAGACCUGAUUAAUAGGUUAGAAAAAGCAGUUGUUUAUUCCAAAUUUGAUAUGAAGAGUGGGUUCUGGCAAAUCCAAAUACAUGAGUCAGAUAGGUAUAAGACUGCGUUUGUCACUCCUUUUGGUCAUUAUGAAUGGAAUGUAAUGCCUUUCGGUCUGAAAAAUGCUCCUAGUGAAUUCCAGAAUAUCAUGAAUGAAAUCUUCAAUCCUUAUAGUCAUUUCUCAAUUGUCUAUAUUGAUGAUGUUCUCAUUUUCUCUGAGUCUAUAGAGCAGCAUUGGAAACAUUUGCAUAAGUUUCUUCAAAUUGUCAAACAAAAUGGUUUAGUUGUCUCUGCGAAGAAAAUCAAGUUAUUCCAAACCAAUAUCAGAUUUCUUGGUUUCAAUAUCUGUCAGUCGCAAAUCUCCCCAAUUGAUCGAGUCAUCCAAUUUGCUGAUAAAUUCCCUGAUCAAAUUCUUGAUAAAAGUCAACUCCAGAGAUUUCUAGGAUCUCUAAAUUAUGUUUUUGACUUUUACAAAAAUCUGAGAAAACAAUGUAAGCCCUUGUUUGAUAGGCUACAGAGUAAUCCUCCUCCAUGGUCAAAUAUUCAUACUGAAAUUGUUAAGCAAAUCAAAGCCCAUGUCAAGACACUUCCCUGCCUUGGCAUUCCUUCAGUUGAUUCCUUCAAAAUAGUUGAAACUGAUGCCUCUGACACAGGUUAUGGUGGCAUUCUGAAACAAAGAGCCUGUCCGAAUUCUCCAGAACAAAUUGUGGUUCCUUACCCAGGUCACCCACCAAUCUCAGUUGCCACCCCAAUCUCAGUUGCCAAUAUAUUUUCUGCUUUAGGUUCUACAGUUGGCCAAAUACGCCCUAGUUAUCAGACGACCCUAAUCUCCAGUUGUGAUCCCUUCUUUGGUGAUUCCCCUGCUGGACCCUCAGUUGCCUUUAAAAAGUCAUCCCCUUAUAUGCCUAAAAGCACUUCUCAUUUAUUUGUUCUUGAGCCAAUUUAUGAUGUUCAUUCUGAUCCAGUCAAAAUAGCCAAACACUAUUUUCCUCCUGGAUUUCAUUAUAUGCCUCCCAGUUCAUAUAAGUCUCUCAAGUAUUACAGAGAUAUAUUACUUGAAACCCAAUCAGUUGAAAUUAAGCCGAUAAGGGAUAAAGAUCAUCCUGAGGUCAUCCUUUAUCAUUCUCUUUAUAUCCAUAAGAUUGUAAGCCAAGAAUCCUUCAGUAGCCAUCCAUAUGAGUUGAAAACCCUCCAGUCAAAAUUACAGUAUAAUUAUUCUGAUUAUAUUGAAGCCUGGUACUCUAUCUUCCUCCAUCAAACCGAGGAUUUUAGUCACUCCUGGUUUAUUAAUUUUGACAAUAAGUUCAAAAGUCCUUUUCCCUUCUGGUUCCUCCAUUGGUGGGAAGAGCACGGUCCAGUUGAUGAAAUUUUACCUAUUUCAGUUCAUGAGCUAAUUCGCCAUUACACUAAAAAAGCCAAAUUCGCCAAAAAUGAUUUAUUUUUUCCAAAACAGAUGCUUUUUGUAGCCAAAUAUAAAGUUCCUUGGAUCCUCAAAUGGUCCUACACAGUUGACAAAGACUCUACCCGAGUUCUUGCCCGCCACUUCUCUGUUAAAUGGUGGGAUAAAUUUGAAGUUGACAGAAUUGCCAAAUAUGUCUACAAUGAUCUGCCCCAAGAGCCUAUUCCGCGUCCAGUCUCCCCUACUGGUUCGACCCGAUCUUCUCUCUCCGUUGAAGGAAAAUCAAAGUCUGAACUCCAAGAAAUUGCACGCCAGUUGAUCAUCCAGGCCUCCCAGAUGGAUGAUGAUGAAGACAAUGAUUCGCCUUCUUCAUCCAGCUGUCAGCCCAUGCACAGCCCAGCCAAAAAGAAGCCCUGGUUUGAAGACAGUCAAGACCCAUAUGAUGGUUGCUAUCUUGAAGUUUCUUCUAUUUUAUGGGCUUAUCACGAGUUGGUCAUAUGUCAAAGAAGCUUACGCAAUUCAUUGGUCUCAUGCCUCCCUAACAUCGGUGUAUUAUUUUCAAUCAAGACUAGGACUCCGGAAGCCAUGAUGUCUCACCAUAUGUCAAGCCAAGUCCUCGGAGGUCCAAGCCCAACCCGCAAAAGUAGGUCCAGAACCUCUGGGUAUUUUCAUGCACAUGACAAGAUACAUCCAAGGAAAGCAAUCAAAGAGAGUGAUGUCAAUCUGGAACGUCCCUAA